AAUAACAUAAGGUUAGGUUAAAUUUGAAGGGGAGAAAAAAAGCAUUGGAAAAAAAAAGAGAGAGAAAGUGGUACAAGAAUUGCAUGUUCACUCUCUGAAAAAAAAAAAUUAAAAAAAGAGAGGAGAGAAAACCUGGAUGAUAAAAGAAAAAAAAGUUUGUGUAUAUUGUUUUUGUUAUAUUGACUAAAAAAAUUCAACAAAAAACAUAUAAAAUUAUAUAAUUAAAUUAAACACAAUGCAGUUAUAAUAAAACAUUAAUUUUGAUAUCUAAAAAUAUUUUAUAAUUGUUAAUAAAACUGAAUCUAGUUUCAACAUAUAAAUAUAUUUUGUCAAUGUGUAUUUGUGUGAUGUGUUGAUUAUAAUCAUUGAUAACAACAACGCCUAUCAAUCGAUUUACAGCCCACGCGCAGAAGUUUGUCAUUAUCCAUACUGAAGGAGAUGAUUAUUGUCUAGAAUGUCUGAUGAUAAUGCUGAAAUGGAGUCAAUGGAUUCAGAUGAAGAUAUUUUUAGUCCACGUAAUCGUAGAUUAAGUGGAAGAUCAAGUCGUCGACCAUUACGUCCAGGUGUUAGAAGAAGCACAAGAAAUAGAAUGCAAACUUAUGAUAAUUUAAAUACUAGUUGGAUUUUGGGAACACAAACAUUAAAAGGAUAUCCAAUGUUUCAACAACAUGCAUCAUCAUCAGAUAAAGAAGUUGAUGAUCCACCAGAACGUCCAACAAAAAAUUUACGUGAACGUAUGCCAUUACGUUCACGUGAAAAUCAUCCACCAAACAAUAAAACAAAUCGUCAUAUACGUGAUCAUGAUAGUAUUGCUGUACGUGAAUUACGUGAUCGUACUGAUCAUGAUGAACGUAGUACAGAUAAAGAAACCAAAGAUAAACGUGAAAUACAUGAUUGUCAGGAACAACCACCACAACUAGAACCACAGCAACAACAACCACAACAGCAGCAAAGACGUAAUAGUAAUAAUAGUUCACAACCAGAUAAAGAAUUAAAAGAAAUAAAAACACGUAGUAAAUCAGAAGCAUCACAAAAUGAUGAUAAUAGUAAAGAGUUACGUGCACGUAAAUCAGACAGUCCAAAUCGUUUACGUGAAGGACCUGUAACAAGAUACAGUGGUAUGCUUGAUAAACCAGUUAAAUUAAAAAAUCAAAAAAUAAAUAAUCAAGAUGGUGAUGAUGACAGUAAUGUUGAUGAUGAUGAUGAUAAUAAACAAGAAGAUAAUAAAAAUGAAAAUUCAGAUGAUGAUGAUGGUGAAGGUGAAGGUGGUGGAGGUGGUGGCUUUGAAGACAUGUAUUCACGUAUAAAACGUACUCGACGUAAAUCACAACGUCAAAUUGAACGUAGUAGUAAUAAUAAAAAAUUAACAGAAGAAAGUGAUUUAUCUGAAUCAUCAGAUAUACCAAAACGUCGUACAAAAUAUAGUUUACGUCAAAAAAAGCCAAUUGUUGAUAGAUUUCAAUCGAGCAAUGAGCCAAGACCAAUACGUGUAUUUCGUAGUGUAUUAACAAAUUCAAUGAGACGUCGUAAACAUAGAAGUAAAAGUACAAGUUCAAGUGAUUCAAGUGAUUCAGAACCACAACGUUAUGAUAAAAAAAAAAAUAAAAAAACACGUCAAACAACAAUACCACAAGGUGGUGGUGGUGGUAGUUGUACAACAGAUAAAAAAGCAGAUAUAUGUCCAUUAACUGUUGAUACAAAUAUACGUUUUAAUGAUGUUGGUGGUUUAGAAUCACAUAUUGAUUGUUUAAAAGAAAUGGUUGUAUUUCCAAUGAUGUAUCCUCAUGUAUUUGAUAGAUUUCAUAUAACACCACCAAAAGGUGUGCUAUUUCAUGGACCACCUGGUACUGGUAAAACAUUAAUUGCACGUGCAUUAGCAAAUGAAUGUUCACAAGGUACUAAAAAAGUAUCAUUUUUCAUGCGUAAAGGUGCUGAUUGUUUAUCAAAAUGGGUUGGUGAAUCAGAGCGUCAAUUACGUUUGUUAUUUGAACAGGCACAACAAAUGAAACCAUCAAUAAUAUUUUUUGAUGAAAUUGAUGGUUUAGCACCAGUACGUAGUACAAAACAAGAUCAAAUACAUGCAAGUAUUGUAUCAACUCUACUAGCACUUAUGGAUGGUUUAAGUGAUCGUGGUGAAGUUAUUGUUAUUGGUGCAACAAAUAGAAUUGAUGCUAUUGAUCCAGCAUUACGUAGACCAGGUAGAUUUGAUAGAGAAUUAUUUUUUCCUUUACCAGCAAUGAAAGAAAGACUUGAAAUAUUAAAAAUUCAUGUUAAUAAAUGGAUAACAGCACCAAGUGAUGAAUUAUUAGAAACAUUAGCUGAAAAAACAACUGGUUAUUGUGGUUCUGAUUUACGUGCAUUAUGUACUGAAGCUGUGCUACAAGGUUUACGUAGAACUUAUCCACAAAUAUAUUUAACAACAAAUAGAUUAUUACUAGAUCCAGAAAGAGUUGAAGUUAAAAAAAAAGAUUUUAUGGAAGCAAGUACAAUAUUAGUACCAUCAAGUCAUAGAAUAGCACCAAGUGUUAGUAGAAAAUUACAGCCAUUUUUAUUGCCAUUAUUGGGACAAGCAUUGGAUGAUCUUGUUUGUGCUGUUAAAGCAAUAUUUCCACAGGGUAUUAAACCAUCACUUGCUAAAAUUAAAGUUGCUAAAGGUAUACAUAGACCAAGAAUGCUUGUAACUGGUGAUGAGCUAUCACAUCGUCAAGGCUCAAGACUUGCACAAGCAUUAUUAUAUAAAAUGGAACAUGUACCAGUACAAACACUUGAUGUUAGUACAUUAUUUGCUGAAAGUGCUAGAUCACCAGAAGAAACUUGUGUUCAAGUAUUUAAUGAAGCAUCAAGAAAUGUACCAUCAAUAAUUUACAUACGUUCAAUUGAUCAAUGGUGGCCACUUGUUCCUGAAACAGUUAAAGCUGUAUUUAUGUGUAGAAUUGCAGCACUUGAUCCAUGCUUACCAAUACUUGUACUUGCAACAAGUGAUGUUGCAUACAAUGAACUUGCACCAAAAGUUAAAAAUUUAUUUAAUGAAUUACGUGGUGAAGUUUAUACAAUGAAAAAUCCAAAUAUACAACAAAGAUUAGAAUUUUUUAAACCAAUAUUUAUGAUACAAAGUUUAAGUUCACCACUUAUUAAAGAUGAUAAAGUACAACCACUUGAAGAGCUACCACUUGCACCUGAUCCAUCACCUAAAAAAUUAACUGUUGAAGAAGUUAAAAAAUUAAGAGACAAAGAAGAAAUAUCAUUGAGAGAAUUGAGAAUAUUUUUAAGAGAAAUAUGUGCCAAAUUAGCAAGAAAUAGACAAUUUUUUAUGUUUACAAAGCCAGUUGAUACUGAAGAAGUGCCAGAUUAUAAUACAAUUAUUAAACAGCCAAUGGAUCUUGAAACAAUGAUGACUAAAAUUGACAUGCAUUGUUAUUUAUGUGCUCGUGAUUUUCUUGAUGACAUUGAUCUCAUUUGUAGAAAUGCCCUCGAAUAUAAUCCUGAUCGAGAUCCAGCAGAUAAAUUAAUCCGUCAUCGUGCUUGUUCACUUCGUGAUAAUGCAUACGCCCUUAUAAAAGCAGAGCUGGACUCGGAUUUUGAGGAUAAAUGUCGUGAAAUAUCAAAAAAUCGUAACGUAGUUGUUAAUAAUAACAAUGACAACGAUGAUGAAGACGCCGGUGAUAAAAUGAAAGCUGAAAAUGAUGAUGAUAAAUCAAUGAAUAAUAAAAAGGAUAGUCCAUUACCAAGUGGUUCUGUUGUCAUGAAUGGUAAAAGAUUACCAAGUUCACGUAAAAGAAAAAUACCAGCAUGGGCACGUGGUUAUGUUAAAAAAAUAACUAAAAAAAAGAAAAUAUUAUUCGAUGAUAAUGUCAAUGAAAUUGUUGAAAAAUCAUUAUCAGAAAAAUCGUUGACAUCUAGCAAUAGUGGACGUAUUGAUUCUGAUAAAUGUCAAGAAUUUGAUGCAAGCUGUGAUGUUGUAAAUGGUGAUGCAACACCAAUCAUUGAUCAUUCAGAAAUAUCAGAUAAUGAAACAAUAAAUGACACGAGUACAAUAAAAGAUGAUCAAAUGAUUGUAGAUAAAAUUGAAGUAGCUAAUGAUGAUAAAUCAAUCAAUGAAAAUAUUGAUACAACUAUUAUUGAUACAAAAAUUGAUAAUAGCACUGAUAAACCAUUGAAUUGUAGUAAUUCUGUUGAUAAAAUAAUAAAUUCUGAAAUAAAUAUUAAAAAAAUUGAUAAUGUUAAUUCAAAUACAUCAUCAAGACGUGAAAGUUGUGAUGAAUUAAUGAUUUCUGUUGAUGUUGAUACUAGUAGUAAUAAAUUAUCAAAUGGUAAUGUUGUAUCAAAUGAUAAUGUUGUUAUUAUUGAUGAAGUUGAACUUGAUAAUUUAUGGAAACAUGCUGUUGAUGUUACUAUGAAUUCAUCUGUUGAUGUACUCUGCGAUAUUUAUGUACAGCUUAGCCGAUGUGUUGCUAAAUAUGAACAAACUUUCGACAGAAAAACACUGCCAAAGGAUUUGCUCAAAGAACUACAGAGAUUCGAGGAAGAGGAUACUUCGAUUCUAUCAGAGAUUCAAUCUCCUGUCGCCUAAGAAACACGUAACAUGUACCUUUUAAAUAGUUUUUAAUUUUUUUCCUUAAUUAAAUUUUUUUAUUUCUCUUUUUAAAUAACUCAACAAAAAAAAAAACAACUGCCACAGCUAAUCAGUUUGUAUAUUUUUUUAACAACUCAAUAAUUUAAUUUACCAUAAAUGAUCAUUUUUCAUUUAACUGUUGUAUAUAGUAUCAAAUCCAUUUGUGUUUUAAUUUAAUUACAAUUCCGUGUGUUUAAAAAAUAAUUAUUUUAAACUUUUUUUUAUCAAUAAAGUUGUACUUAAUUCGAUUUCAAUCAUAAAUAAAAAAAAAACAUAAAUUUGUCGUUUUUUUCGUUUACUAAAAAGAAUUAUUAAAAGUAAAAAAAAAAAAAAAAAAAAAACAAUUUUUAGAUAAAUAAAUUAAAAUAAACUUGUGUUUAAAAUAAAAUAAUUUACAUGUAAUUAAUUAGUUAAAAAAAUAUGAUUUUUUUUUGCUGACCAAAGUCCCAUAAUAUACGAAAUAUUGCCUAAGAUUCAUAGAAUUAUUUAAGCCAACAAUUAAUUAAUAAAUAUCAAUUGAAAGUAUAUAUUAAAUCUUGAUGAAAAAAAUAAUGCAAAUGAAACAAAAUAUAUGUUUUUUACAUUAAAAAAAAUGGAGGAUAUUAAAAGCUGCUUAAAUGAAUAUUAAUAAUUGUCAAAUAAGAGUAUAAUCUAACAAUUUGUUGGUGAUUGAUUUAUUAUUUCAAAUAAUAAAUAUUAAACUCACUGCCUUUAAUUAUAUUUACGUAUUUUAUUUAUAAUUAUAUUAUUUAACUAAUGGCAAUCGCUCAAAGCGACAUUCCACUAAACAAUUUAGACAAAAAAAAAUGGGACAAUGGAAGCUAAAUCUCUGGUUGAUAAAAACCAUUGACAAAAAAACCAGAUGAAGUUUAGAUAAAUUAAUUAAAAAAAUAAUAAAAAAGACUUGUGAAUUUAUUUAUUAAUUAGAAUUAUUAAUAUGUUUUUAAUGAAUAAUUGUAAAAGCCAGUUAAUGGGCUUCCAGGGAUAACACAACCACUGUCAUGAUUCAAUUCGAAAUUUGUAAUUUGAAUGAUCUAUUUUAAGCCAAUAUAGCUUUUUUUUUUUUAUAGAUUAAUUUAAUUUUAAUAUUCAGUGCUUGUUUAUUAUUAUUGUUAAACAAUUUAAUUUUUUUUAAUCAAGCCUGGAUGAUAAUAAUGACAUUGAACAUUUUACAAUAUAAUUUACCAUUAAAUUUAUACCACUGCCUUAUUUAUUUUAAAUAUUAAAACACACUUGCUGAAAAUAAAUGAAUUAAAAUUUUUCAUCAAUUCCUUGAAUAUA